ACUCCACAUCAGGCUGGCAACCGAGCGUGUCAAUGGGGACAAUACUUUGAAUGGCUGAUAACUGUGCCUGUCCCCGCGCGCGGAGCAAUGGACUGCAGUUUUACUUGAAGAGGCACAUGGAGAACCCAGCCAAGUAUCUCUCAUCGGUGCAGGGGAUUGACUCUGCGCCGGCACCUCUCGGAGAGAUUAUGUGGAACAUCACCGAAACAGAGGCAACAAAGGACGGGAGGACAGAUAUGGUAGCGCGCACGGUGACGGGCUGUCUGCUGUCCCUGCUCAUCCUAUGGACCCUGCUGGGGAACAUCAUGGUGUGCUCCGCGGUGUUGCGCUUUCGACACCUGCGGACCAAAGUCACCAACAUUUUCAUCGUCUCCCUGGCUCUAUCGGAUUUAUUCGUGGCCAUCCUGGUGAUGCCAUGGAAAGCUGUGGCAGAGGUGGCGGGGUACUGGCCGUUUGGCACUUUCUGUAACGUAUGGGUAGCUUUUGACAUUAUGUGCUCCACCGCCUCCAUCCUCAAUCUCUGCAUCAUCAGCGUGGAUAGAUACUGGGCCAUCUCGAGCCCCUUCCGCUACGAGAGGAAGAUGACACAGCGAGUUGCCUUUGUUAUGAUAAGCAUCACUUGGACGUUGUCUGUGCUCAUUUCAUUCAUACCGGUCCAGCUGAACUGGCACAAAGCCAGCGGUGACGACAUGGCAGGGUCCCACAACUCCUCCACGAGCCGGCUGAUAGAGGAGAACUGCGACUCCAGCCUGAGCAGAGAGUAUGCUAUAUCCUCCUCUUUGAUAAGUUUCUACAUUCCCGUGGCAAUUAUGAUUGUGACUUACACCAGAAUAUACCGGAUUGCACAAAUACAAAUUAGAAGAAUAGCAUCCCUGGAAAGAGCAGCAGAACACGCGCAAAGUUGCAGGACAAACAGAAUAGAGUGCCAACACCACAACACCUUGAAAACGUCAAUUAAACGCGAGACCAAAGUGUUCAAAACUCUCUCGGUGAUUAUGGGUGUGUUUGUGUUUUGCUGGUUACCUUUCUUCAUCCUAAACUGUAUGGUCCCGUUCUGCGACAGGCCGGCCACGGACCAGGCCGCGGGUUUGCCGUGCGUAAGCGAGACGACGUUCGACGUCUUCGUGUGGUUCGGCUGGACCAACUCCUCCCUGAACCCCAUAAUCUACGCCUUCAACGCCGAGUUCAGGAAGGCCUUUGCGAGCCUCUUGGGCUGUCGCAAUUUCUGCUCCAACACGCCAGUGGAAACUGUGAACAUCAGCAACGAGCUGGUCUCAUAUAAUCAAGACACCCUCAUCCACAAGGAAAUCGCGAAAGCAUAUGUCAACAUGAUGCCCAACGUGGUUGAAUGUAUCGAGCACGAAGAGACUUUCGACAGGAUUUCACAGUUUUCUCACAACAAUGAAAACGCCACCGACUCGGUGUGUGACCUGGAGGACUGCGAGGCAGAUAUCAGUCUUGACAGGAUGUCACCGUUCACACCCAAUGGAUUACACUGACUCCAACUUUGUGCCCCCCCCUCCCCCUCCAUGCGUAUUUGGAUGUAUUAAUAAUAAUAAUGUCGUUGUUCAUUUACCUCCUGUGUCCCAGAAGCUGCUCUCCACAGGGAGCCCACAUGGUGAGGGUUUACUGAACAGCUGCUGAGGGUUUAAGUGACUUGUUCAUGGACACUUCAGCAGGGCUCAAGUCUGUGUAGCCACCAGGCCACCCUGCCACCGCUUUGCGUCAUAUAUGAGAUGUGAUGUUGCUGUCCUGUUCUAAAAAAAAAAGUGAUGUAGGUGUUUAUAUACAUGACAAGUGAAGUAUGUGUUCAUUUGUUCAAAAGUUUAAUGUAAGCUGUUGUUUACCGGGAAGGCUUCCGUGUCUCAUCCACUUGCAGGGUGGAAAAAUGUUUGUAAAAACUCACUUGAGGAAUUAUAAUAGAAACUUUUUUGCUGCUUAAAAACCUCGUGUAUCCAGUUCCCGCCUUUCUACUGAGUAUGAAAACUGAGGGAAGCCUUACAGACAGUGCAACCAAGAUAGCUCUACUCAAAUGCAGUCAUUUUCAGCGCCUUAUCUUAUUUAAGGAAUAGUUUUGAGACAUGAAAGGAAUGUGUCGUAUGAAGUUACAUGAUGCCAAAAUGCAGUAUUAAAGUGUUUACCCCAUGCACUACACCCACCCCAGUGACUCCUCCAGCACACCCUCUCUGCACCAUAUGGACUGUUCUGCAGUUUGAUCAAGGCUCAGAUAGCCGGACGAAAAACAUGAUGAAAAGGCACAAAACCUGAUGCUAUAAAUAUGGAAUCACACAAAUCAAAGAAUUUUGAAAAUAACCUGUUAUUUUAAGCUGUUAUUUUAACAAUCAAAACUGUUGACUCUUUUUCUGUGACCUUUCAUUUCUCCUUGAGGCCAAAACUACUGAAUGGUUCUGCUUUAUUAACCUCAGUCAGCUCUAACUGACCUAACAAAAGAAAAGAAUCUAGGCUGUCCUGAACAACCAAAGAUCUCAAGGACUGAAUCAAUAACUCCGACACAAUAAGGCUACAGCGUUUUGUCAGCUAGAGGAAUUGUUGCUAUAGAAAGCCAACACACACACACACACACACACAUACACACACACACACACACACACACACACACACACACACACACACACACACACACACACACACACACACACACACACACUUGGCCAACACAACUGGAUGUCAUACAUCACCUCUCCAACACCUCUCUCUAUCUUUGUACUGUACAGAUGACCUGAUCUGAAUGUAUUCUACUGUCCUUUAAACAGUAAAGUGUGUCAUCAUUUGUGUAAUAAAAUGCUGUCAUGCUGAGACGAACAGAGCGCUCUGAUAUCUUCCUGAAGGUCACAUUAAAGUUUAUGGGGUUUCACAAGAGGACAAACUUUGCAGGGUUGGAGGUUUUUCAUCUCUAGUUCAACUUUCAUUUGACGUGUACUCAGCUGUGACUCUGCUCGCAUGCAUAUUCACCU